AUCAAUUUCAAUAUGCUGAUAGUGAGAAACACCACCAUAUGCCGUUGUUUGCUUAAUCGUGAUCUGCGGAAGCCCCCUCCGCCUCCGGCACACCGCAUCAUAAUCCUGUUUUCUGCCAGAAAAUAGAAAACACUUAAAAGUUCACUAAGCCGUUGUUCAAGAUGCUACUCUUAAUUUGACCAUUUCAAAAGAGUCCUCUUGCAAUCAUUGGUGUCUGUUAUUUCUGUUGCAGAAUGCUAAUAAUAGAUGCCAAAACUAACGGAAGGUCAAAAAUGGCCUGAAAUCUUAGGAAAUCCAAAAUGUAAUGUGGCUGCCACAUUCUUCCUCCAUUUCCGACCAAGAAAAACGCAGAAACAGAAAAGCGAAAAAUAAACAAACCAGAAAUAGAAAACCAGUCCCCUUUUUUCCUCACAAUCAUCCCUUAGUGGGUCUCUUUCGAAUUCAUCUCCCUCGCACAGGAGGGCUGCUAGAGAUGGAAAAGAAGCCAAUGGCAACCCUCCUGUUUGUUUUCUGCAUCUUCACCACUGCCACCUCCUCCGCCGUCACCUUCACCCCAAAAGACAAUUUCUUAAUCGACUGCGGCUCCGGCGCCCAAACCACCCAUUCUGACGGCAGACUCUUCUUAUCUGACCUAAACUCCGGCCAAUAUUUAGCCUCACAGAGCCGUGAUAUUUUAGCCUCAAUCCCAUCAGGAAAUGUGUCUUCCCCUAUAUACCUCUCGGCCCGAAUCUUCACCGAGGAAGCCACUUACACCUUCCGAAUGGCCCGACCUGGAUGGCACUGGAUCCGUCUCCAUUUCUACCCAUUUAAAACCAACGAAUAUAAUCUCCAAAAUGCGAGGUUCACGGUCACGACGGACAGUCUGGUCCUCCUCCAUGAUUUCGGUGUCGAAAACAACAACAAUACCGAUCAGUGGUUUUUCAAAGAGUACCUCGUCAAUGUCACAUCAGAGCGUUUUUCUAUCAAAUUCACACCCCUAAAAGGCGACCCUGCUUUUAUCAAUGCCAUCGAGGUGGUCUCUGCCCCUGACAUUUUGAUCACCGACUCUGUUUCCGCUCUGUUUCCUGUUGCCCAAAUCGAUGGGUUUUCAAUGCAAUCGUACCAAACGGUUUACAGACUCAAUGUGGGUGGCCCAGAAAUCACAUCGAAAAACGACACAUUGGGCCGAACUUGGGCAACCGACGGGAAUUUUCUGGCACACAAGGAGUUGGGCAAGCAAGUUUCAGUUUCGCCGACGGUGAUCAAGUAUCCGGAAGCUGGGUCCCCCUUGAUUGCGCCCCAAUCGGUCUAUGCAUCGGCCGUGGAGAUGGGCGAUGCGAAUGUCGCGGCCGCAAACUUCAAUGUCACGUGGAAUUUGGACAUCGACUUGUCGUACCAGUACUUGGUACGUCUCCAUUUCUGCGAUAUUAUUAGUAAAUCGAUGGAUGAUUUGUACUUCAAUGUGUUUGUCAAUGGGAAGAAGGCCAUUUCCGGGAUAGACUUGUCGACUUUGACAGGGGGCUUGGCGACGGCUUAUUACAAAGAUUUCGUCGUCAAUUCUUCCAUGGUUUCUUCCCCACUUAGCAUUCAGAUUGGCCCGUGGACAGAGGGGACGGGAGCGAUAGACGCACUUUUAAAUGGUCUUGAGGUUUUCAAAGUGAACAAUUCGGUUGGGAGCUUGGAUGGGGAGUUUGGUGUCGAUGGAAACACGGCCAAUGGUGUUCACAAAGGCACGGUGGCUGCGGUUGGGUUCUGUAUGAUGUUUGGUGCCUUUGUUGGAUUAGGCGCGGUGGCAGUCAAGUGGCAGAAAAGGCCUCAGGAUUGGCAGAAGAGGAAUAGCUUCUCUUCCUGGUUGCUCCCGCUUCAUGCGGGAGACGCUAGCUUCAUGAAUAGCAAGAGUUCGAUGGGCUCUCGAAAAAGCCAAUUCUUUUCGUCCACAACGGGCUUAGGCCGGUACUUUUCGUUUAACGAACUGACCGACGCCACCAAGAACUGGGACUCGAAAGCAGUGAUUGGCGUUGGUGGUUUCGGGAACGUGUAUUAUGGAGAGCUUGAUGAUGGGACGGUAGUCGCUGUCAAGCGUGGAAACCCACAAUCCGAGCAGGGGAUCAACGAGUUUCAGACGGAAAUCCAGAUGCUAUCAAAACUCAGGCACCGUCACUUGGUGUCUCUUAUCGGGUAUUGUGACGAAAACACCGAAAUGAUCCUGGUGUACGAAUUCAUGUUGAACGGGCCGCUCAGGGACCAUCUCUACGGCAAGGAUCUGAGCCCGUUGACGUGGAAACAAAGGUUGGAAAUAUGCAUAGGGGCAGCCCGUGGACUCCACUACCUCCACACGGGGGCGGCCCAGGGCAUAAUCCACCGAGAUGUGAAGACCACAAACAUUCUGCUCGACGAAAACUUCAUUGCCAAGAUGGCCGAUUUUGGGCUCUCCAAGGAUGCUCCCUCGUCAGACGGCCAAAACUACGUAAGCACCGCGGUCAAGGGAAGCUUCGGGUAUCUGGACCCGGAGUACUUCCGAAAACAACAACUGACAGACAAAUCCGAUGUUUACUCAUUCGGGGUGGUUUUACUAGAGGUAUUAUGCGCUCGACCGGCGCUUGAUCCUGGUCUACCGAGGGAACAGGUGAACCUGGCCGAGUGGGCAAUGCAGUGGAAGCGGAAGGGGUUGCUGGAGAAGAUCAUGGACCCGGUUUUAAUCGGAUCGAUCAACCUGGAAUCGAUGAAGAAGUAUGCUGAGGCAGCGGAGAAGUGCUUGGCGGAGUACGGCGUCGAUAGGCCUACAAUGGGAGACGUGCUGUGGAAUUUGGAGUAUGCUUUGCAGCUGCAGGAGGCUUCGGCGCAGGGGAAGGCUGAUGAUGAGAACAAGGAACUUGCUGGCACUGCCGCCGCAUCUCCUCCUUCCGCAGCGGUUGCCCCUGCUGCGGCUGCAACGACAGAUAACCGUCGGAUUUCUCCGCCUGAACAGAGUAGGAACCCGGCAGAAGUUCCGGUGAUCGAUGAGCACUCGGGGACUGCGAUGUUCGCUCAAUUUGCAGCCAUCAAUGGCAGAUGAAUGAAAUCUUUAGUUGUUAUUCCCAAAUAGAUGAACUAAUAUGCUAUGUUUUGUGCUCUCUCUUCUUUUCCGGUUUAUCUACGUUGGGUUUCUUGUUGUAUUGAAACUACAGGAUGGAUGUAAAGCAAAUUCCUUGAAAUCUUAUGCACUAUUUAUAUUUGUAUUUAUAU